AAACCAGAUGGACCAGCUCUCCCAGUGCCCAGCCCACAGCCCCCCCUCUCCGGCCAGCCAAGUCACAGCCUGGGCACCUUCAGGCAGGCGGGUGGUGGGUCCUGAACUCGGAGACGAGAGUGGGCUUCUGGGCAGAGAUGGCUCUGCAGAGCCAGGUGUGGUCACCGGCCACACCCAUGCCCAUGGCGGAGAGCUCCCUCUACCGGCAGCGACUAGAAGUCAUCGCGGAGAAGCGGCGGCUGCAGGAGGAGAUCCGUGCGGCGCGCCGAGAGCUGGAGGAGGAGAAACUCCGCGUGGAACGGCUUAAGCGGAAGUCUCUCCGAGAACGUUGGCUAAUGGACCAGGAAGCUGAAGGGCCAGAGUGGCCCAAGGACCCCACCUCAAAGGAGCCCCAGUCACCAGAAGACCAGGCUCAGGCCCGAAUCCAGAAUUUGGAAGACAGCUUGUUCACACUCCAGUCCCAGCUACAGCUAUUGCAAAGUGCAUCCACAGGUGCCCAGCACAAGCCCUCCAGCAGGCCCAGCUGGCGCAGACAGGGUCACCGUCCUCUCUCCCAGUCCACUGUUGAGGCAGGUCCUGAAGGUGAGUAUUGGGGUCAGGUUACCCCAAAAGAGAGUGACCCAAGAAGAGCGAGGAUGGGUGGGCUCUUGGUCCUUCCUCACCCUCCCUUCCUGUCUUUCCUUUCUUUUCCUUCCCUGACUCCCCUAGGCCAGACCGAUCUGGAUAAGAGAGCCUCCUUGCCUGUGGGACCAGUGGGCAUAUCCCCAGAGUGCCCCUCUGAGUCCAAAGAGGGGGCUAUAGGGGUUCUGCCAGCCCUAAGGCAGGUCUCUGGAGCACAAGGGGCCUCCCCAGAAGCCAAUGGCCCCUGCCCUGGACUCAGCCCCACUCCUGAGCAGGAGCUGAGUCAAGGAUCGGUGGCAGGCACUGGGCGGUUGGGCGAGGCCAAUGGAGGGGGCGUGGUCAAGGUGGUGUGGGAGGCCUUGAGAGUUUCAUACGAGGACUGCCGCAAGGUAGCCACCGGCCCUGAGCUGGAGGCUAAGGUGGAGGAGGUGGUACUUGAAGCCAUAGGGAACAGGCAGGGGGUCAACAGGCCAGAACUCCCAGCCUGGGUGAAGGAGGACAGGGGCAUAGUGGAGGUGGUCUGGGAGGGGAUGGGAGGCAGCGACCCGGAGGCCACGGGACAGAAGGGCGGGGGCCCGGAGACAGCGGUACAGACCAGCUCCCCCAGGCUGUCAGAGAGAUUAGAGGGAGAAGCUUCCAGAAUUGGGGAAGGUGCUCCCAGGAGCAGCCCUGAAGGGAAUGGGCAGGGGGGUUCUGGGGGAGAGGAGGGGUCCUUCAUCUGGGUGGAGAGAGUGACCCUCAACGAGGAAUGGGAGGAGCUGCUGGUAGAGGGGUUGGAAGGGCCCUUGGUGACUAGGAGGAAGGGAGGGGAAGGUCCUUUAGGGGCGGGGAGGGGAGGAAGUGCAGAAAACUGGGAGGUGGAGAAGAGAAUAGCAGAAGAAUCCCUAGGAAGAGGGAAGAAAGGAAGUGAGGAGAAGCUGGGGCCAGAGGGGGAUGGGGUGGAGACAUCCCUGGUGGCAGAGAAGAAAGGAAAUGAGGAGUUAUUUGAGCCUGAGAGCAGAGGAGGCGAGGAAAAGCUGGGGACAGAGAGAGAAGUAGAGGAGCCAUUGGGAGUAGAGAGAAGUGAAGGUGAGAGACUUUUGAGGGCACAGAAGGAAAGAAGUGAGGAAAAGAUAGGGGUGAAGAAGAAAACAGAGGAACCUUUGGGAGGAGAGAAGGAAGGUGAAGAAAAGCUACAGGCAACUGAGGAGCCAUUGAUGACAGAGAGAAAGGGAGGUGAGGAGCCAUCAGGAGCAGAAAGAAAAGGUGAGGAAGCCUUGGAGGCAGAGAGAAAAGGAGGUGAGGAAGCCUUGGAGGCAGAGAGAAAAGGAGGUGAGGAAGCCUUGGAGGCAGAGAGAAAAGGAAGUGAGGAGCCAUCAGGCUCAGAGAGAAAAGGAAGUGAGGAAGCCUUGGAGGCAGAGAGAAAAGGAAGUGAGGAGCCAUCAGGCUCAGAGAGAAAAGGAAGUGAGGAAGCCUUGGAGGCAGAGAGAAAAGGAAGUGAGGAGCCAUCAGGCUCAGAGAGAAAAGGAAGUGAGGAAGCCUUGGAGGCAGAGAGAAAAGGAAGUGAGGAGCCAUCAGGCUCAGAGAGAAAAGGAAGUGAGGAAGCCUUGGAGGCAGAGAGCAAAGGAGGUAAGGAACCAUUAGAGGUAGAGAAGACCCAAGGGGCUGAGGAAGAUCUGAGUCCAGAAGAGCAGAAAGAGUCCAGGGAAAGAACUGAAUCCCAGGCAAAGAAGGUGAGCAAGGCAGGGACUCCUUUGGGGGAUAAUGAGGAGCUAAGACCAGAGGAGGAAGGACUACAGCUCCAGGAGAAGCAAGAAGGCUCCCUGGAGGAGGAAGCAGUGAAGCCCCAAACCACUAUUGAGAGCCAGGGCCUCUCGGGGGAUGCCACAUCCCUCUUGGUACACACCUCAGCCCCAGAGCAGCCUGCCGAGUGCCAGCCACUGCUUCAGGGGCAGGGGUCCAGCACCAACCCCAGUGCCCAUGCCGUGCCCACCUAUGCACCUGCCCAGCGGCCUGAGCCAUCUGUCCCCACUGAGGGUGAAGAGGUGAGCAGCCCUAAACAAAAGACGUGCCAGUGUUGUGUGGUCAUGUGAGCCCAUGUGCCUCUCCACCCCAUGCCUAGCCCCUCUCACAGCUACCUCAGCAGAGGGUCCCAAGAGCAGACAGGGCACCAUGGGACUGGCUGUGGCACCUGGGAGUCAGCUGGCCUGCAUGUCCACCUAUGCCUGGGCUUCCGGACCCUUGCCCACUGCCUGUGACCCUGGCCCCCUUCUGCAAUGAAACCUUUAUACUUAUACUUGAAAAUAAAAUGUGAAAGCACUC